UUUAUGCUACUAUUUCUAUUUCCUACCACUCCAAAAAAUUGACAAGCUAGCACAAUGAAGUGAAACGUGUAAAUGGCCGUGAACCGUCGUCUUUCCCACGCUAUUGGGUGUUCAUUUUAUCUCUCCUCUCACUUUCCAUCUUUCUCUCUCCUCUCUAAAUGACUAAAUCACACCAAAACUCUUCAAAAAAUCCAAAUUUCUAUUAAACAUCCCACCACCACAAAUAUUCUUCCACUAAUCUACUAUUUUUAUGAAUUUCAUCUCUUUUUGUUAAAUAUUUGCCCAUUUUUUAUUUUCUAACUUCAAAUUUGCAAAAUUUGAAGCUACUUUUGAUUUAAUCUCUUAGUUUGAUCCUUUUUUGAAGUGGGUUCUCCUUUUUCUUUCCAUCUUCUUUUUUCUUGUAAAAAUCCUUGGUUUUGACUUCUUUGUAAUCAUGAUUUUAUGAGUUCAAUUUCAGUUUUUUUGGUCAAAAGUUAGUUCAUGAUUGUAACAGUCUUAAUUAACUAAUCUUUCUGAGAGAAACCCAUUUGGGAUUUGUAAAAUUUGCUUUCAUUUCUAAGUAAAGGUGGUAGCUUUCUUCUAUUGGUGCUUCAAUUUAUGCAGAGUUCCUUUCUUUUACUUUGUAUUCAAGAUGUACCAUGCUAAGAAAUUUUCAACAAUGAGCUUGGCGCCGCAUAAAACGCAAGGAAGUGAGCCAGUUUCUAAUGCCGGAGCCAUGGGAAGUUCUUCUGUGAAAAGCUCACCUCCUCCUGGGGGAAGUGGGAAGCAACGGUUACGAUGGACGGAGGAUCUACACAACCGUUUUGUGGACGCCAUUACACAACUUGGUGGACCAGAUAGAGCUACUCCUAAAGGAGUUCUAAGAGUGAUGGGUGUGCCCGGUCUUACCAUCUACCAUGUAAAAAGUCAUCUACAGAAGUAUCGCCUUGCUAAGUAUCUGCCCGAAUCUCCUAGUGAUGGUUCCAAGGAUGAAAAGAAAGGUUCUUUAGAUGGCCUAACAAAUCCCGAGUCUUCCCAGGGAUUACAGAUUAAUGAGGCACUUAAAAUGCAAAUGGAAGUCCAGAAACGUCUGCACGAGCAGCUUGAGGUGCAAAGACAGUUACAAAUGAGAAUCGAAGCUCAAGGGAAGUAUUUGCAAAAGAUCAUAGAGGAGCAGCAGAAACUGGGUAGUGUCCUAAAAGUUUCCGAUUCGCUACCAUCCUCCAGCAAUCAAGACGAGGAGAGGGAAAAGUCGUCAAAUUCUCAGCCAGUUACGGAACACUCCCCAAGCCCCACUUCUCCUCGAAAGAAGCAGAAGUUGGAUCAUUCAUCAACAAGCAACAUCGAUACUGUCUCGGUUCCUUCAAAAAACAGUCCAAAGAAGGAUUUCCUUGACCAGUGGGAUCAGAAUAUUUACGGCUCUGCAGCCGGGUUUGGGCUCGACUUCGAAUCAGAGUUCAAGAAGAAGGAAAAUAAUGAAUAUGAGCAAAGAAUUUCCUCCGAAUCGGAUUUUCUACGUAGUUCCAAGUAGGACAAGCGCACUUUCAGCAGUUAGAGCAAGUAGUCCUGCACCCAUUCUGGCUUGCAAACUGGCCUGUAAAUAGGUAUUAUUUAUACACAUUUGUCACACUGUAAGUUUCUUGUAGUUUAUUGUAUUGUACAUUAUUUAUACCCUUGAAGUUGAAGUGUCUUCGUUGGAGCGGAAAAUUCCCGACUUCUGUUGAACUUCUAACUACGUCUUAUUUGCUAACUUUGACAACA